UCUUCUCAUUCAACGGCCAGGAUUAUAUUUUGGUCAAUGCUCAGAAAUUUGCGGAGCUAAUCAUAGAUUUAUACCUAUUGUAGUAGAAUCAGUAAAAUACUGUAAAUUCAUCAAAUGAAUCAACUUCAUACUUAAAAUUUAAAUAAACAUUAGAUGACUGAAAUUUAAGUAUUGAUCUCUUAAAUCAACCAUAGUAUAAAUAUACUUCUAAUGAAAAAGAAUUAGUUAAAUAUAACAUAAAAUUGUCAAUUUUAAAUUAUUACUAAAUCUAAUAUUCUUUUAUUCCACAAAUAUCUCCUAUUAUCUGAUCAAUAAAUUAUAUUUAUUUUCUAUUAAUCUUCUACCUAAUUAUUUUAUAUACAUAUUUCAAUAUAAAUAAAACUAAAAUAAAUCACUCAAUUAAGAAUAUAAAGAUAUUUAAUUUUAAAUGAACUUGAUAACUAAUCUAUUCUCAAUUUUUGAUCCAGCUUCAUCUAAUAGUUUAUCCUUAAACUGAUCAAGAUCUCUAUUGACAUUAAUAUUACUGCCUAUACCCUUUUGAUUUAUUCCAUCUCGUUACUCUAAAUCAUUAAAUAUUAUUCUUCUAUUUUUAAUUAAAGAACUCAAGACAAUUAAAUUUAUUAAAUCUAGAUCUCUAAUUUUUAUUUCUCUAUUCCUAUUAAUUAUAAUUAAUAACUUUAUAGGAUUAUUUCCUUAUAUCUUUACUAGAUCUAGUCAUCUUACAAUAUCAUUAUCUUUAGCUUUACCUCUAUGAAUUUCAUUCAUAUUAUUUGGAUGAAUUAAUAAUUAUUGACAUAUGUUAAUUCAUCUGGUUCCUAUAGGAACCCCUACAUUACUUAUACCAUUUAUAGUUAUCAUUGAAACAAUUAGUAAUAUUAUUCGACCUAUCACUCUCUCUGUUCGACUAAGAGCAAAUAUAAUUGCUGGUCAUUUACUAAUUAGAUUAAUUAGAUCUACCAUAAGAUCAAGAAUUACUUUAAUUCCUAUCAUUUUAAUUAUACAAAAUUUAAUAUUCAUUCUUGAAAUUAGUGUAGCUAUUAUUCAAUCAUAUGUAUUCUCUAUUCUAUCAUCAUUAUAUUGUAAAGAAUCUAUAAAUUAAUGAAUAACUUUUUUAAAUCAAAUUGUAUAAUACAUCCAUUCCACCUAGUUUCAGUAAGUCCAUGACCUAUUAUAGCCUCAGUAAAUAUAAUAAAUCUAGCCAUUAGAGCCUCAUGAAUAUUUUUAUCAAGAGAUUGACUACCCUUAAUAUUAAGAUCAACAUCUCUUAUUAUUUCAGCCAUUCAAUGAUGACGAGAUAUUAUCCGUGAAAGAUCAUUUCAAGGAUUUCAUUCAAUUAAAGUUCAUAGAGGAUUAAAAAUAGGUAUAAUCCUAUUUAUUAUUUCCGAAAUUAUAUUUUUUAUUUCUUUCUUCUGAAUAUUACUUCAUAUAGCUCUAGCUCCAAGUAUAGAAAUUGGAUUAUUUUGACCACCAAAUAAUAUCUUAAUUUUUAAUCCAUAUUCUAUUCCUAUACUUAAUACCUCAAUUCUUAUUAGUUCAGGAAUUUCUGUAACAUGAUGCCAUCAUAGAAUCCUUAAUAGAGCAAAAAACGAAUCAAUUAUUAGACUUUUAAUUACAUUAAUACUUGGAAUUUACUUUUCCUAUGUACAAUAUAUAGAAUAUUGAUCUUCAUCAUUUACAAUCGCUGACUCUGUAUUCGGGUCAUCAUUUU